AUGAGUGGGAAACCUGUGGUUGGUUCAAUGUCAAGUAGAGUCAUGAAUAUGAAAUUCAUGAGGUUUGCUAAGAAUAGAGAAAGCCUCGAAAAUAGCCAAAUCAAUGUGUUAUCAAGUUCAGAAUCAAUGAAUGGUAUUAGUAGUAGCAAUACUGAUAAUGCUGAAAACACAAAAAAUUUUCAUGAUAGUUCUGAAUGGAGCCUGAUCGAUAACAAUAAAAACAUAAAUGAUAGCAACAAGAGUAAUACUGGAGCUUUAAGAAAUAUAAAAUUAAACAUUAAAAGAAGGAAUAUGUUAAAAGUCAGAAAUGGGAACCAAUCUACAGUUGGUGUGACUAUAUUACAGAGAAAUAAUUUGUCAAUUAAAGGAAAAACAUUAUUUAGUGAAGAAUCUACCAGAUCUUCUAAAAAUAGUGAUAUAAGCACUAAGAAAAGAAAACUUUAUGACAAAGGAAAGGUAGUUAGGAAUAAUAACAAUGAUGACGAUAAUGAUGUUGCAAAGAAGGAAGAGGAAGAUGGGUAUGACAUAGAUAAAAUAUUUAAAGAUACCAUGAAAAAGAGUAAAAGAUCUAAUAAGAAUAAAAAAAAUAAGAAACAAAGAAGAAAUUAA